CAAAAGUGGCCGCGCCCACUCCGCAAAAAGACAUGCCCAUGUCGGCCAAAGUCGCGCUCUGGGGCACCAGAGCACUGUGGCACGACCCUCCCGAGGUCUCCGGCAGACCUUGGGCAGAGGUAUGAUGUCCCCCGAGGUCGCCUCGACGUCCUCAGUGCGUCAGCGUGCUGGCCCCCUCCUCCCCCUCUCCCUCUCACCUCCUGCGGCGCGUGCCCGACGCGCCGCCCGGCUAGGCCAAUGCGUGGCCUCGCACGCGCGAGCGCCAGAGCCCUGCCCUUCCUCUCCUCUCUCUCCCCCACGACCUAGACGACUCCCGCGUACGCCUCAGACACGCUCACCCCCCUCAAACGGUCGCCAGCGCCGUUGCAGCGGAGGCCGAUCGCCCUGUCCAUGGUGCACCUCGCCCCUCCUAUUGAAGCCACCCCCGGGUCCCUCUCUGCGCCUCCCUCCCUCCCUCUCUCUCUCUCCCGUACGCUCCCCAGGCCAACCCGUUCCUCCUCUAGUGACCUCCAACCACCUCCAUGGCCGGAGCUUUGCCGUCGGCCUCCGCCUAAAUUCGCGCCCACCACUCCUCCUCCUCCCCUCUAGACCGCACCAGAGCACUUCCACCAUCACGGCGGGCCCCUCCCGCGCUUCUCCCUCUCCUCCCCGUGGCCGUGCCGUGGAGUUCCAUCACCACCGCCGGCCUUGCACGCCGCGGCCGAUGAUGCGCUCGCCUUUGGCCACCCCUGCGAUCGUGGCGCACGUCGGCGGGUGCGGCUCGCUCCCUGAGAACGCUGGUGUGCUGGGCGCCGACGGAGGUGGUCGGUGCCACCGGGGAGAGCGCCGGCGCUGCUCGGCCUCGCCUCCUCUGUUUCCCGUCGCGCCGCGCGGGAGGUUGAAGGCGACCUGCCGCCGGGCCCCGCGCGUCAUCGACCAAGUGGGCUGGCCCGACCGUUUAAGUGGAAACGGCUUUGGGCAGAUCCGCCUCCCCCGCGCAAAGGCCCACCGCCGUGAAGCCGCCUUCAACGGCAGCUCUUCCGCCCGCACAGAACAGCCGCCGGGGCCGGCCCAAUUGCUAUUCCGCGCUCAGUGCGCACAGCUGCCGCCCCAGAUCCAGCCCAUUUGGUUGACGAAGUAGACGGAGUACUUGGAAGGACCAGAAGAUUUCAAGACUCUGAUGAACCAGGCUUGAAAGAAUAGGAUACGAUGAAGAAUACUUUGGCGACGAACAUGCGAGCUAGGACGCUUCCCAGUCAGAAUGCCUGUAGGGUUAAGGCAGAUGGCAUGGGUCCAAGUUAUCGACGAAGAUUUCCGCUACGAAGUUAUA